AUGACUGAUUCAUUGGCACCCGAAUCAGCGUGGAUGUUACCGUCUAGUCAGCCUGCAUUAGGUGAAAAGAUGAAUCGUCUUCCACCUGCUCUUGAACCUCAUGACCACAAUCGGCAAGAGUUUCCGCAAGCAUUGAUUGGGUUGGAUGGCAAAAAGAACAUGAUACAGAGCUUAUUCGCUCAUGAAAAGCCUCCUCUACUUCCGCCUCUACAGAAUCAUAGAAACACGUCAGGCGUAAGAUUCAUCCAUCAGGACGCAAACGCUCACGAUCAUCACAUUCAACCUAUGUCGAACGUACAAGAGACCACUCCACAGCCAAGUGAGGGCGGCAAUCACUCUAUAGAUAUCCCUGUUGGAUUAUCGAGAAGAGACUCAAUCACAUCAAUCGCUUCAUCUACUGCAUCGGACAAUCAACAACCAUCAGGAGACAAGAAGCGUCAAAAGAACAAGAACGGUCAAUUUAUCAAACAGAAUAGUGGUCUCGAAACCGAUUCAGAGACUGACGCUGUCUCCAAUACUGCUACUCUCACGGGUGACAAGUUGCUCAAGUGUGAAGUUGAAGGGUGCACCAAGUCCUACGAAACAAGACAGGGCCUGAAGUGGCAUUUACGAACAGUACAUGACAAUCAAGGUCGACAGGUAAAUAAUCGUGAUCAACCACCUCCACAACCUUCUCGUCGAUCUGAAAGACCAAGACGAGGCAUGUCGAGGUUGAACAGUGGUAAUGGCCAUUCAGAUGAUGAAUCUGAUGGCAAUCACUCACGUCUGCCGUUCUCUCAAGAACCUCCAUCAUCUGGAGGUGCUUCUUCAUCACGCCCUAGGAAUGGACGAAGAGAUACUGGUCGCAAACAUGGACGUGGGGAUAGUGAUGACGAAGGAGAUAAUGUAGAUGUUGGUGGAGAAGGGCAUGAUGAUGCUGGUGAUGACGAAGAACCUGAUAGUAAAAAACGUCGACUCAAUAAUGGUACUACAAGCUUCAAUCGUCCCAUGGAACAAUCUUCCAGCCAACUAAUUGGAAAAUGGUAUUGUGGAGUCAAGAACUGCAACAAGAGUUACACUUCUAGACAGGGUAAUUUAUAUGCCAAGUCUGAUCACAUUAUGAGAUUUCAAUAUCAUUUGAUUAAUGGUCAUAUGAAUGAAAGGCCAUUAAUGAUUACAGGACCUCAUGGAUUUGUUCUCGACAAUCCAGAUCAACUGAUUGUCAUAUCGUCACCACAUCCCGUUGAUGUGGCACCAAUGACCAAAGCUCAGCGUGAAUCUACUCGAGAACGAGAACGCGAGAGAGCACGAGCAGAACGAGCUGUCAAAGAAGCCAUAGAUAAUGUCAAUGCUGCCAAUGCGCGAGAACGUGCUCUUUCUAAGCGUCGUCAAGAAGUAGCAGAUGAGCCGAGGACUGCCUUUCUCAAGGAAUGGAAAUCACAGUAUCCCAAUAUAUGUUGCAUUUGUGAUAAGCCAGGCGAGCCUGGUGAUGAAUUGGUAAUCUGUCAAGGAGCUGAUUGUGCAGUCACAGUUCAUGAAGAAUGUUAUGGUAUCGUUGGCUUGCAUCCUUCGCAAAUACCACGAUGGCGUUGUGAUCGAUGUGCAUACUUUGAUUCCUCUCUUGCUACUUGUGUACUAUGCCCUUACCGUGAUGGUCCAUUCCGUCGCGUAAAGGGAACAGACCAAUGGGUCCAUAUUGUAUGUGCAGUGUGGGUUGAAGAUGUCGAAUUUGGAGAUCACGAACGAAUGUGUGACAUCACACUCGACAAGAUCAAGCCUACGGCUUGGGAACCAGUGUGCUCUAUAUGUACUGAUGAAAAAGAUGCUGCAUAUGGUGUCAAGAUGCCAUGUCACGCAUACCAAUGCAAAAAAUCUGUACACCCAAUGUGUGCGCAUAGUUAUGGAGUGCUUGAGAAUGCUGAUGAUGAAGUUUCGAAUGAGGAGGAUGAGCAGGAGGAUCCUUUUUACGUGUUUUGUAAGCAGCAUGGGAAGAAUGGUGAUCAGCCAAAGUUGCAACCUUGGGCAAAGUGGGUAUCUCAAAAGCACAAAGGACUUGCUAAAAUAGCAGAUGCUGCACCGCAACAUGGAUCAAGCUCAUCUGACAUACGAGCUGUAUUUGAAGAUGCCAUGUCGAAAAAGUCAGCUCAAGAUGCAGAGCACUUCCGUCAUCUCGAACACGAUAUAUGUAAAAUGACUGCUCAGCAAACCUACUACUCUGCAACCGAAGUUCCACGACUAGAAUACGAGAUGGAAGCAGCAGCCAAGGAUAUUGCAGCAUGUAAUGCUGAAUUGGAACGAUUACGCGCAGAUAUGAAGCUCUUGGAAGAUUCUUUGGCUGCCAUUGCACCUGCAUUAGGUAUUCCAACUGGUCCUGAUAUGAUGAGAGCAGCUGCUGCUAAAGGAUCUGCGCAUGGUCAUAAUAAUAGUAAUAGUAGUAGUGUACUGGAUGCCUUUGUGAAAUCUGGAGAAAAUUUGCAAGUAGCAUCUCACUAUCAGGAUGUAUUUGCUUCCGUAUAUGCUGCUCAACUUGGCGGACAUGAUGAAUAUGAUGACGAUGAUCAUGAUUCAGUACGAGUCAGUGGUGCCAACAGGACUACUCACACACAUAGAAAGAAGACUGGCAGUAGUAGCAGUGUGAAUGGUACAGGUGGUGGUGCAAUGAAACAAAAAGGUCUGGCACGAACUAUAGCAGAUCGCCAAAAUGCAUUGUUGGCUGCUGCAUUGGCUAAUGCUGGUGUAUGUGACACGUGCAAGUCGUUGGAAGCUCCACCGCCGAGGCCUUCUGCAUCGAGAAGUAGCCCUUCGAAGGCUGUGAAGAGUGGGAAUGAACUUGUCGAGUGUACACAGUGUCGAAAAUUGUGGCAUAUCGGAUGUGUUAAUCCUCCAUUAUCAAGGCCUCCUCCUCGUGGUUAUGCUUGGCUAUGCGAAACCUGUGACGCAGCCAUGUCUGAAGAAGAAGCAGGAUCUGAACUUGAUGGAUCUCUACCACCUGGUACAGAUCAAGAAGGAUCAGAUACUGAUGCUGGUGGUGCAGCACGUAAACGACGACGAACUGUGCCGCCUACUAGGUUGAAUAUGUAA